GCGAAAGCACACAUACGGCAGCUUCUGCCACAAGGCUUGUCGGAGUCUAUUAGCAAAGUACGGACAAGCAUUGCUUAUGCAAUCUCAGCAAUUGCUCACUGGGAUUGGCCGGAAGUAUGGCCUGAAUUAUUUCCCCUACUUAUGCAAGCUUUGACCAGUGGCCAACCAAACGCAGUCCAUGGAUCUAUGCGAGUUCUGUCAGAGUUUUGCCAAGAUGUGACAGACACUCAGAUGGCUCACGUUGCUCCAGUUAUUCUACCUGAGUUGUACAAAGUCUUCAUUGGAGCAGAGACUUUUGGUGUACGAACUCGAUCCAGGACUAUACAUAUAUUCAACAUUGUGGCUGGAAUGGUGUCAACAAUGCAAGAAUUUCAGAAGGGUGUGGCUAAACAGCUGUUGUUCCCAGUCCUGCCUCAGUUUACCAAGGCAUUCAUUCACUGCCUGCAGCUGCCAGACUCACCAACCUGUGACAGUGGUUUGAAGUUAGAAAUCAUUAAGGCUCUGACCACUCUGAUUAAAGGUUUCCCCAAGACCAUGGCCCAGUGGUUGCCUGAUAUUUUACCAUCUAUUUGGAGCAUUUUUACACAGAGUUCAGACUUUUAUGUGAGGACAGUUGUAAAUAACUUAGAGGAUGCAAAUGAUCCAGUUGACUCUGACGGUGAUGUCCUUGGAUUUGAAAACCUGGUUCUGACAGUGUUUGAGUUUGUUCAUGCCCUGAUUGAAUCCACCAAGUACAGAAACACAGUGAAGAAAACAGUAGACCAAAUCAUCUACUUCAUUAUAAUCUACAUGCAGAUAACUGAAGAUCAGGUUCGUUUAUGGAGCAAUAACCCAGAUCAGUUUGUAGAAGAUGAAGAUGAUGACAGCUUUUCAUACUCUGUGAGGAUUUCAGCUCAGGAUUUACUUCUUUCGUUUGGCACAGAGUUUCAGAAUGCGUGCCCAGAGGCCUUGUGUCAGGCAAUAACGAAACAUCUGCAAGAGUCAGAGGCAGCGAAAAAUUCAGGCAGUCAUUACUGGUGGAAGAUCCAUGAAUCCUGCAUGCUGGCUCUGGGUAGUAUGAAGGAGAUGGUGGUACAGGCUGUCAAAACCGGGACUGUUCAGUUCAAUCUGACAGGAUUUUUACAGACUGUUGUCCUAGGGGACAUGAAUUAUUCAGUGUCCCCAUUCUUGCUGGGAAGAUGCCUGUGGACAGCUAGUAGAUUCACAGAAGCCAUGCCACCAGAUUUGUUGGAAAAGAUGCUGCAGGCGACAGUGGGUGGCCUGCACAUGACACAGCCAGCCACCAUCAGAAUUUCUGCAGUCAGAGCUGUGUAUGGCUUCUGUGAUCACCUGAAAAUGGUGGGCAACACUCAGAUCUUGGUCCCGUAUCUGCAGAACAUUAUGGAAGGUUUGAUUGGUGUUGCCACGCAGUUCUCUACUGAAGUGAUGGGUCUGUGUCUUGAGACCUUGGCUGUUGUAGUUACUAUAAAUGAGGAGUUUACUGCGAACGCUGAGAGCAGGCUUGGUCCCUUGACUUUGGCUGUGUUCCUUAAACACACGGGAGAUCCAUUUGUUGUAUCUUUAGUGCAAGACAUUGUGAAAGUGUUGGCAGCUAACCCGUCUUGUACCUCUGCGGUGCAGACUAGAUUUAUCCCUCCACUCAAUAGCAUUCUCAACUCAGACUCUGAGAAACUGUCUCCAGGACUUGUAUCUGUAUCAAUUGAGAUGAUCACUAGCCUGAUUCGAGCAGUGCCAUUACCUCUGUCUGACCUAGUGAUGUCCAGUUUUAUGCCAGUUAUUCAUGCACUUCUGACAACAGAUGACAGUGCGGCUCUUCAAAGUGGUGGAGAGUGCUUGCGAGCCUUCACCUCUGUAGCCUUAGAUCAAGUCAUAGAGCUGAGAGAUGACUACGAUAACAAUGGCAUGCACUACACAGUCCAAGUGAUCUUCAAGUUGUUGGAUCCAAAAACAUCAGAGCACACUGCCACCUUUGUGGGCAGGCUGGUGUCUACUGUCAUCGGCAAGUGUGGCACUCAGCUGGGAGACAAUCUGGACCUGAUGCUGCGAGCUGUGCUCAGUAAAAUCCAACAGGCGGAGACACUUAGUGUACUGCAGAGCCUGCUAAUGGUGUUUGCCCAGCUGAUGUUGACUCAGAUGGAGGCAGUUCUGGAUUUCUUGACCAGUGUUCCUGGGCCUACGGGGAAGCCAGCCCUAGAGUUUGUGCUCAAUGAGUGGUGCUCACGGCAGCAUCUCUUUUUUGGACACUAUGAGAGAAAAAUUAGUAUUCUAGCCUUGUGUAAGCUGCUGCAGCACGCCAUCACCACCAAUGACCUCAGACUGCAGGACAUCAUGGUGCAGGGUGAGCCAAUAGUUCCCCAAGGGCAUGGUAUUCGUACCAGGUCAAAGGCAAAAUCAGCUCCAGAGCAAUGGACAACUGUUCCUGCACUGGUCAAGAUUUAUAAACUUCUCAUCAAUGAGUUGUCAAAUGCCAUAGAAGAGAACAUUACACAUGCUGAAGAGGAUGAUGCACUUGAUGAUGAUGAGGACGAUGAAGAGGAUGAAGACGGCAACGAAAACAUUGAUGAUGAUGAUUUUGUUGCUGGUGGCCAGUCUCUUUCUGACCUUCUCAGCAACUUAAAUGGUGAAGGCUUCACAACAGAUUCUGAGGAAGAUGAUGACCCUGACGCAAAGAAUGAUCCAAACAACCACAUUAACAUCCAGAGCUACCUGACUGAGUUUUUACAGUCUCUGGCUGCCCAGCCGUGCUACUCCAUGUUUUGUCAGCACCAUAAUGAAUCAGAGAAACAGGUUUUGCACACAAUAAAUAUCAAUUGCUGA